CUUUGAUAUCUGCCGGCUGCUGCACCUAUUCCUGUCAGAGUGUAAAGCUUUGGGACAGUGUUGAUGCCUCCAGACCAGGACAUGCCUCAUGAUCCAAUACUGCUCUAACAACGCUGACAACACUGACCAAUGUUGGGAAACUGGUUGGAAUCAAGCGGUAUAAAACAAGGAAGUGAAGAAUGAAACAUUACUACAAAGGGUUAAAACUCUGGAAACAUACAUGCUGCCCUGUCUCCUGUUGCUGCUAAUGCUACUAUGCAUUUCCAAUAGAUAAUACUGAAUGUCAUUCAUUGGACGGGUGAGGACUUAUCCCUCUGUUGCCAAAAGGAAUAUAAGGAAAAAACUAAAGCUGCUCAAAAUCUUUGUUGCCAAUAGUAUGGUUCUACCUCUUUUGAAAGACAGCGUCUCCAUAGAAACUUGAUACAAGAAACUUCUGAUGUAACACUGAAUGUUAAAAAGCCUUUAUAAUGAUACCAGUCUAAUUUUGGACAAAAUAUACAUGGAAAGCACAAACUUUAAUUCAAAAUUUAUUUUCGUAAGGUUAUUUCUAUUGGCCAUCAUUUCAAGUAGUUUGGAUAAUUUUGUCCUUAAACAAGAGGUUACUGAGAUAUUGAUACAGCAAGUUUAAAAAGGGCAGACAGUGUAAGGACAGGUGAGUUGUAAGUGUGGAUCAGUGCAAAGCUCCAUUUUAAAUCAACAAAAAAAAUUGUUUAGCAAGAGCUUCUUGGUACGUCAAUCAAUCUAUACAUUUUGUAGCUUGUAACAGACCCUUAGGUACAGACUGCAGAAAUUCCUGACAUCACCCCUUAAAUAAAAAUUACAUUUUAUACAAAUGUAACAUUAAGAGACUACAUAAAUUAUUUUAAUGUUCAUUAACCAAUCAGUUGGAUAAUAUUAAAAUCAAAUAUGAAGGAUCACUUCUUUUCCUAACUAUUAUUUUAUCUUUUGUACAACUUAAAGAGGCAAAUACCUUUUAAACAAAAUUCUACGAUUUUCUGUAAUCAAUGUAUUGAUUAUAAUUAGCCACAUUUUCAGGUUUGGGCACUAAGGGCAGUUUGUAUCUAUCCGGCUGUAGCCUGUGAGCAGACAGCGUGGACUACAAACAAAAACAUUUAAUCAAAACAAAUCUUCAGGGUUAACCCGGGGUUUCCCGUAGCGCUAUCUUGGCGAGGCGGCUGCCUCGCCAAACUCACACUACCGCCUUGCCAACAUUC